UCAGCACAUCUGGCAUCUUUGGCUUGUUGCACAAAAUUCCUAUUGUUGCUUUCCUUUCUUCUCACUUUGCUUCGAAACUUUUCAUUUUCUUUUAUUUUUCAUGUAAAUUUAAACAGAAAGUGUUAAUUAUUAAAAAGAAUAUAUUAACGAAAAGUAUAUUAAUUCGCGAAACACGCUUUCAGUGCGGAUUGGUAGUAAAACGAAAUACAAAUAUUGCCUAGUGUGAGAGGUAGGCGGAAGUAAAAAGCUGGGACUCGAAACAAAAAUAGAAUGCCAUUAGGCAAUUGAAACGAUAUACAUUCAUACAUAUAGCAUACAUUCGCUACGGAAGUCAAACGACACUUGCUUACCUCAAAAAUAAGAAUAAAGCCUAAGACCCAUCUGAUAUGCAAGGGAUAAAGGCCCGGUCGCUAAAUACAUCCGGAGUAAUGGACCAAGAAAUCACAGUGGCAAAUAAGGCAAAAUCGUCUGGCGAGGGGUCCACAGAUGCGAGUAAAAUGCUAGAAGCAGCGCUCGAACAAAUGGAUGGCAUAAUAUCGGGGAGUAGCAAUGUCAACGCAAGCGUGUCCGGGAAUGGAGUGAAGACUCUAACUACAGCCAGCGCGUCUAUGUUUGCAGAACGAAGCUUAAUAUCCGCAAAUAAUGUACUCUCUACUGCUAAAACUCUAGCAUUGGCAUUACAACAGGUGGGAUUAACCGCGCCUUCACCCGAACCAGCAAUUGCGGCGGUAAUAGCGGAUUGGUUAGAGACUCAUAUUCCUCGCCAAGAUGCGGACGAGCGGCUUAGGCGAUUACAACGUGACAAGGAAGCGCUAGCCUUACAAUAUCAAUUGCUGGCUGAUCGCGUUGCCGAGCAAACAGAUAAAAUAAUUGAAUUAGAAGGUCUUCUUAACGAAAGGACGCAGUUAUUGAGUGAGCGUGAAGAACAAUUACAACGUCAAAUGCUAUCGAAAUCUACAUUAGAAACCCAAAAAUUAGAGUUGAUGUCUGCUUUGAGCGAAUUAAAGCUCCAUCGCGCCGCUUUGGAACGUGAGAAUGUGGAGUUACGUGGUUUGGAAAACCAAAUUGAAAAUUUAAACAGCAAUAAUGCUUCAAUUGCUUAUAAGCGGGCUCCUUUCGGAAGCGUGGGAAAUUUGAACCAGACAAACUUCAGUGGUUCAGGAAGUGUUGGAUCACAAAAGACGCCUCCGGCUUCACUUCGCCACCAAAUACAUCCCCAAUAUCACAGUUUGCCAAGAACCCAUAAUACCAAACACAGUAGCAACAAUAACAAUAAUCACCAUAACUUGGGCAAUUUGGGAUAUAAUCGAACGAUUGAUGCGAAUGCAAAUAUGCAGCGACAACGUAAUGUUGCAUUUGCAUCGAAUGAGAAAAUUCUAAUUGAAGAUUCGAAAGGUACACUUCUGAGUACUAAUAAUGAUGGGUCCGAAACUCGUGAGGAUCCCAUGUAUAGCAGCAUUAUUUCCAAUACAAACUCUACGCCCUCGCCAAACUUUCGUGAAAAAUCUGCGAAGGGACUAAGAGGCAUUUUUGGAAAAUUGAGGCGAAGCAAUAGCGGAAACUUGGAAUUGCCAACAUUAGAGUGUGCUGACGCAGAGUUCAAGCGUGGUGGUGUUGCUCGAGCCACUGCAGGUGGUCGUAUCGAGUGGACUACACAUUCUCCCCAACUAUCAACUUCAUCAAAAGGAUAUACAGAGUGGUCUCCCCAAGAAGUUUGCAAUUGGUUGACCGACCUUGGACUGGGUUGUUAUGCUGAUGAUUGUAGAAAGUGGUUAAAGGCCAAUUCAGCGAUAUGUUUCUUCACUGUCUCUCCAGUAGAUAUAGAACGAGAGCUAAAUUUAAAGUCAGCACUGCACCGCAAAAAAAUUCAACUUGCUAUUGAUGAGCUCACUGGUAAAGAAGAGGACCCGCUAGCUUUAAAAGCAGCUCAACUUGAUGUUAGUUGGGUUAUGCGUUGGUUAGAUGACAUUGGGUUACCACAAUAUAAAGACCCUUUUUUGACAGCUAAAAUCGAUGGUCGAAUGCUACAUCGUUUAACUAUGGAAGACUUGGCACAGUUGCAUGUGUAUUCCUGUUUACACAUAGCGUCUCUGCGUUGCGGUAUUCAAUGUAUGCGCGAAAUCGAAUGGAAUUCUGAGUGCCUCAUACGACGUUCAGCCAAAUCCGUACGACCUGCUUCAGAAGCAGAUGAACAAUCUUUGGAAGAAGAUUAUAAAUCUUUAGAAGAUAGUGGUGAAAAGAUUUGUUUGUGGACCGCUCAUCGAGUAAUGGAAUGGCUUAGAGUGGCUGAUUUAUCCGAAUACGCCCCCAAUCUACGCGGUGCUGGUGUCCAUGGCGCAUUAAUGCUAUAUGAGCCUCGUUUCACAGCAGACUUACUGGCUGAUUUGCUCAGUAUUCCUCCGAGUAAAACUUUAUUACGUCGCCAUCUGGCCACACAUUUCAAAGAACUUCUGGGUCGAGAUGUCAUACAAAAUAAACGUGACGUUGAAUCAGCUCCUGGAUAUCUACCAUUAACAAUAACAUCUAAACUAAAACCGCCAAAGAAGACACAGUUCUCACUGAAACGCAGGAAAAGCUACAAAGGAUGUGGUGAUGUAGACUGGACUGAUUACGUAUGUCCCAUGAUGUCUUUGUGCCUUAGCAGCAACAAUCAAGAUAAGUCACUUUCCACUAGCGACUCGAGUAGUUCAGGGGCUGCGUUAUCUUUUGCCGGAAAUACAAAUAACACAAAAGAAGGAAAUAUCGGGAGUAAAACCCAGUAACUCAAAUACAUAUUGCGUAUGUACUAUUUAAAUAUUAAUUUGAAGUAGUUUAUCAGACUAAAUUUACUAAAUUAUAAUUUUUUUUUUUUUACUUAUAUACUUUAACAGUGAAAUUUUCGGGGUCUACGAUUUAUUAGUACUUUUCCAGACUCACCCGCUAUAAUUCUGUUUUAACUCACUUUUUGACCCUUAUUUUGACAAUUUAUUUAAAGAAAGUAACAAUAGUCGAAAACAUUAUAUUGAUUGCUUUUGGUUAUGCAAAUCACACAUACAUACAUAUGUAAUUUUUUUAAAGUUACUAUUUCCAGUGCUUUAUUUCAUAGAUCACUAUGAGGCUUAUAGAAAAUUAAAUUAUUUGACUGUUGCAUUUUCUGGACCAUUGCAAUGUUUACCGAACAAACAAAAGAUUCAUGCAAACUUCUUUGUACAGGCAUUUAAAUCUUAAAGUGUCUUCCAAAUAAAUUUUGCAGAAUGUAGAACAUAUGUAUGUAUGCAUACCAUUUAUGUAUAGCAUGCAUGUAAGUAUACUUAUGCAAUAAAGUACAGUGGAAAGCUAAAAAUUAAGUUGAAAAUAUAGUAUUCAGCAUAAAAUGUGGCCCAAAUUGGCAUUUAUUACUGUCUGAUCUUUCAAAAAGAUUAAAGAAACCCUUGAAAUAACGACUUAUGUAUGUAUUUACAAAAUAAUUAUAUUAGGAUGAGAUA